AUGUUGCAGGUGCACACGGAUCCAAUACACACGCAAACCAUCUCUGCGGGCAAGCAUGCUUACUCGCUGUUAACGAGAGUGUCUAUCCGCUGGCCCCCGGAGGACGCCUACGAGAAUACCGAGACGACCGUCAUCAGUGUCAACAACUUUUUUGUGGAUUUACGUGUCGAAAAGCAAACACGAAGGCUAGACUGGGCGAUCGCAGGUGUGCGCCUAGUGGAUCAAAAUGAUUCCAGAAGAGUAACAUUUCUACACACUAUCAACUCGCGGAAUACGUUCCAGCACAUCGAUACCGGCUUAUUCGAGAGACUGCCAAAUGGCGACGAGAUGGAAACGGGUACCAUGAUCCGACCGGGCGACCCUCAAGGUGCGUUUCCGCGCCAGUACGAAGAGGUCUGGCGACAAAGGAAGCCCGGCAAUGUGCCUGGACAGAACAUAGCAUGGGUUCUUGAAGGGGCUGGGUCUCGCGUAUCGCUUACACAGAAUUCCGACGGCAUAGGGUCGGAAGAGAGCAAGGAGGUCGAGACUUUUCUUGCUCGCUUGGGCAGUGUAUACAUUGCCAUCCGCCAGCCUACUCGCAUUGUGCAAACGCCGCAAGCCAAUGGAAGCUUUUCGUUUCAGAAGUUCGGCGACGUUGAAGGGGUCAGUGUGCGCCACGAGGAGUAUGCAGGAGGCAAAAAGGGCUGGGUCGAGAAAUUCGUGACGGGCCCUGAAGGCCGGGACUUGCCGACGAUGCAGAAGAACAAGAGCGAUUUUAUUCCAGCCCAGGAGGGUAAAGGGAACUGGAGGAAACCGUCACAGAAGGUGAUGAUCCGUGGAGAAGAAUACGUUGUGCGGGGGUUUGCAGAAGUCUCUUGA